CAUACAGUUUCCGAUUGCAAUCGCAUCAAGCAUCACCUAAAUAAGCUUCCGAAAGAAAUUGAAAUAUUUUCAACUUCAAAAUGUUCAAACUGGUUCUCAUCGCCGCCCUGGUCACCCUGGCCGCCUGUUCCCCGGCCGAAAAACCGACGGGUCUCGCAACUUCGGAGACCAUGUGGAACGCGGCCUGGGCCGAUCCCAGAGUGGCUCCGGUAGCCGCAGCCGGUGCCGUCAACCCAUGGAACCGUUGGAACAACCCUGCUGCGGCCGCCGCCGUUGACCCACGCUGGAACCGCUGGGGAGCUGCUGCCGGAGCGGCCGAUCCGUGGAACCGUUGGGGCGCCAACCCGGCUGCUGCCUGGAACCGUGCUGCUCCCGUUGUUCCGGCCACCACCGCUGCCCUCGCCGGAAACCGUGCCUGGUACCCGUGGUAAAAUGGAAAAGGAUUGACGAUGCUCUUCUUAUGCGGAUGAAGGAAUGCUUUUUUUCUGGAGUUGAAACGUCGCAAGCACCGGUGAUUUGUGGAAUGGAACGAUUACAAUAAAUAUAUUUUUGCAGUGAU